AGCACACGUAUAAGGAGGGGUCCUUUUUUUUUCACGAAGUUGCCGCCUUCACGAACUGUUAACCAUCAAAAACCGAUUUGAAGUUUCAAACUUCCAACACCAAAAGAAGUUACCAAACCCAGAGAACAAAACUACUUAAAGGAAGGGAAAAACAGUAAGGGAAGUAAAGGGGACCCAGAUAUUGUUGUUGCAUGUAAAAGGAGAAACAAUGUCAAUGGAUCUCAAUGACUACACCAUUAUCAAGGAAGGAGAAGCUGAGAUUCUUAUGCAUGCUAAAAAUGAAGUUUUUUACAACAAAACCCAGGUUAACAACAGAGACAUGUCUAUUGCUGUCCUAAGGACAUUCAUAUCGAGAUGGAAGCUGGAGCACGAGGCAUUGUUGUCUAAAAGGAACAAAUCAGGUGCAAAGCUGCCUGAGAAUAAUGUUUCUGUAUCUGAGGUAGAUGAUACACUUAAUGACUCUGAUAUGAAUACUGAAAAAUCAAAUGAAGAAUGUGAAGGACCUGCAGAAAAAUCUCAAGACGACACAUGUACUACAUCAGAAGAGCCAGUUAAGACAGAAGGCAAAGUACGAGGGGAGCUUAAACCACCUAGAGUUCUAGAGGCGUUGUCAGCUUCUGGGUUAAGGGCUCUGAGAUAUGCUCGGGAAGUAGAAGGGAUUGGUCAAGUUGUUGCCUUAGACAAUGAUAAAGGGGCUGUUGAAGCUUGUCAGAGAAAUAUAAUGUUCAAUGGUUCUGUAGCUUGUUCAAAAGUGGAAUCACAUCUUGCUGAUGCUCGUGUGUACAUGCUUACUAACCCAAAAGAAUUUGAUGUGGUUGAUCUUGACCCCUAUGGUUCCCCUUCUGUGUUCUUGGACUCUGCAGUUCAAUCUGUUGUUGAUGGGGGCAUGCUGAUGUGCACUGCAACUGAUAUGGCAGUUUUAUGUGGGGGUAAUGGGGAGGUUUGUUAUUCCAAAUACGGAUCGUACCCAUUGAGAGGGAAAUAUUGCCACGAAAUGGCUUUGAGGAUACUCCUAGCCUGCAUUGAGAGUCAUGCAAACCGCUACAAACGUUAUAUUGUUCCUGUGCUAUCUGUCCAGAUGGACUUUUAUGUCCGUGUUUUUGUUCGCAUAUACACUUCGGCAAGUGCGAUGAAGAAUACUCCCCUUAAGCUAUCAUAUGUCUAUCAGUGCACUGGUUGUGAUGCUUUUCAUCUUCAGCCUAUUGGGAGAACCGUUUCUAAGAAUACCAGUGUGAGAUUUCUCCCGGGCUUUGCACCUGUAGUCCCUCAAGAGUGUAGUCAUUGUCAGAAGAAAUUUAACAUGGGUGGCCCUAUAUGGUCUGCUCCAAUCCAUGAUCAAGAGUGGGUAAUGAACAUACUAUCAGAUGUAAAAUCAAUGAAGGAUCGUUAUCCCGCCUAUGAUCGCAUCUCUGCUGUAUUGACUACAAUUUCAGAGGAAUUGCCUGAUGUGCCUCUCUUUUUGAGUCUGCACAACCUUUGUGCUACACUAAAAUGCACUUCUCCAUCCGCAGUUAUUUUCCGCUCUGCUGUGAUCAACGCAGGAUACCGAAUUUCUGGAACUCAUGUGAAUCCAUUGGGACUCAAAUCUGAUGCUCCCAUGGAUGUCAUUUGGGACAUAAUGCGCUGCUGGGUUAAAAAUCAUCCAGUGAAAGCUCAACCAGCUGAUCAGCCCGGAAGUGUGAUACUUGCCAAAGAACCUGUUCUUCAAGCAAAUUUUGCUCGAGCCGUUGCAUCCCUGAGCAAGGCACAAGCUAAGAAGGUUGCUAGAUUCCUUCCAAAUCCUGAAAGGCACUGGGGGCCAAAGCUUAGGGCAGGUCGCCAAAUCACCAGCAAGCACAUCUCUCUUUUGGGUGAAGAGAAAGUAAAUGGGUGUCUCAGCCAUCAAGAUAGCGAGCUUGAUGCCAAACGACAAAAGAUUGAAAAGCUCGAGGAUGCUUCCGCUGAAUCAUAGACCAAGGUUGGCAUUAAUCUUAUAUUACUUCCUCAUCUCUAAAACUUGCGAUGGUUGCAUAGAGGUUAGAAUUCAUGGUUGUGCCACCAUAAUCAAUUUUGCAAAAUGUAAUUUCUAUUUGAAAACUAUACUUGAUUCAUGGGUUUGAUCCCAGGCAAAAGGCAACUGUGAAUUACAGUACAAAGCUAUUUACUGGUUGGUUUUCUAUGAUAGCCUGGGACUUCAAUUUAUCAA